AUGUAUGGGAUGUCCCCGGAGCUGGCACGGCCAAAAACCGUGAAUAAAAUUCACGAUCGGAAUAAUUCCGAAGUAAGUGAAUCAACCACAACCCCUGUCCCACCAUCUCCAUCAUCUCAUAACUCUUUACCGGAGACCGAGGUAAGUACACUUAUAGUAUCUCACCCCGAAGAGGCUUCAUUGGAAAGUGUAUCAGCUAAUAAUAUAUCUCCAGAAACUAAGAUCCCAUCCACGCCUCAGAUAAGUAUACAAACUCAUGACCGUGCUUACUUUCGUAACAAAUUAUUGGAGCAGUAUCCCAAUUUAUAUAAAGAAUAUA